AGUCCCUACAUAAAUGUUUUGGUAAUAUAUGGAUUGACACAUACAAUCACAAAUUAAUAAAUAAAUUAUUGUCAGUUUAUAAAAAUGGCGAGUGCCAUAAGUCGUUGUGCUCUAAUCUCCAGUCGACAAUUAAAUCGUCUAGGAGGUGUACUGACGACAACACAAAAUGCAAGGACAUUUGCUGAUGCAGCUCCAGAGGGAAAGAAAUAUGGAAGUCCACUUAAUGAUCAAGAUAGAAUUUUUACAAAUUUAUAUGGACGACAUGAUUGGCGUUUGAAAGGUUCAUUAAAACGUGGUGAUUGGUACAAGACAAAAGAGAUACUUGAUAAAGGAGUAGAAUGGAUUAUAAAUGAAGUUAAAGUAUCUGGUUUAAGAGGUAGAGGUGGUGCUGGUUUUCCAUCAGGAAUGAAAUGGUCAUUUAUGAAUAAACCAUCAGAUGGUAGACCAAAAUAUUUAGUUGUUAAUGCUGAUGAAGGUGAACCAGGUACAUGUAAAGAUCGUGAAAUAAUGCGUCAUGAUCCACAUAAACUUGUUGAAGGUUGUUUAAUUGCUGGUAGAGCUAUGGGUGCAUGUGCUGCAUAUAUUUAUAUACGUGGUGAAUUUUAUAAUGAAGCAUCAAAUAUGCAAGUUGCUAUUGCUGAAGCAUAUCAAGCUGGUUUAAUUGGUAAAAAUGCAUGUGGUUCUGGUUAUGAUUUUGAUAUAUUUGUACAACGUGGAGCUGGUGCAUAUAUAUGUGGUGAAGAAACAGCAUUGAUUGAAUCAAUUGAGGGUAAACAAGGUAAACCAAGAUUGAAGCCACCUUUUCCAGCUGAUGUUGGUCUUUUUGGAUGUCCAACAACUGUAACAAAUGUUGAAACAGUUGCUGUUGCACCAACAAUAUGUCGUCGUGGUGGUACAUGGUUUGCUUCAUUUGGUCGUCCUCGUAAUCAUGGUACAAAGCUCUUUAAUAUUUCUGGUCACGUAAAUAAUCCCUGCACAGUUGAGGAAGAAAUGUCAAUACCAAUGAAGGAGCUUAUUGAGAGACAUGCAGGUGGUGUUAUUGGAGGAUGGGAUAAUUUACUUGGUGUUAUUCCCGGUGGAUCAUCAACUCCCAUUAUUCCAAAGAGCGUAUGUGAUACUGUUCUUCUGGAUUUUGAUGAUCUUGUUAGAGUACAAAGUUCAUUUGGUACUGCUGCAUUGAUUGUGAUGAACAAGCAAACUGAUGUCAUCAAGGCAAUUCAACGUCUCAUCAGUUUUUAUAAACAUGAAUCGUGUGGUCAGUGCACUCCAUGCAGAGAAGGUAUAUCCUGGAUGUACAAAAUAAUGAGCCGAUUUGUCGAGGGUAAUGCUGAGGUGCACGAAAUUGAUAUGCUUUGGGAAUUAACAAAACAAAUUGAACUUCACACAAUCUGUGCAUUGGCUGAUGGUGCUGCUUGGCCAGUUCAAGGUCUCAUUAGACACUUUAGACCAGCUAUUGAAGAAAGAAUAAUUAACUUCAAGCAACAACGAGCAACAAAUUAAUAGUUUUUUUUACUUGAUUAUAAUAUCAAAGUAAAAUUUAAUAAACAAACAAAAAAGAUACUAUUUAAUUUAUAAUAAAUUCUUUUUUAAAUUAUCUCAGUCCAAACAAAUUGUUAUUUGUUUUUAUGUGUAAAUAGUGUGGCUGAUUGAUAGACUUUUUUUUUUUUUUUUUUUUUUCAUUUUCAAACACGUAUUCUUCACUCAGACAUUGUCAAGUUGAUAAAAUUUAAUCGAAUUGUAUUGGAAUAAAAAAUAAUAAAAUUGAAAAAACAUUGUGAAUAUACUAAAAGUUUGAAAUCGAAUGUUUUAGUUAUUUAUUUUUCUUAUAAAAUUUUGCAGAGUGUAUCCAAUUCCAUGCUUCACUGUUCACGUUUUUAAACUUAAAUUAUAACAUAUUAGAAACUAAAAGUUUUAAAGUUGGUGUUGUGGAACGUUGA